GUACCCCGAGGUACCAGUACUUUUGGGUUUUGAGCGUUGUUGUGGGGUACAGAGAGCCGCAUGCGCUGACAGCAGGUAACGUAACCAGCCCCGGCGACACUCCGACCAACUCGAAGCAACACCAUGGACAGCUCAAGAAUAGUACCCUACAACUCCUCCUUGCACAAGCGCGAAGAUGCCAGAUGGGAUGACUUCGCCGGUGCAUUGGCAUCAUUUCUUCCGAUGACUGCGUUGUUCCUUCGUAGAAGAUGGCUCGGGUGGAUUGGUCUUCUUUCUGCGAUUGCUGCUGUUUUGAACUCGAAGGAGGGACGGUCGAGCACUCAGACACCACCUUGGACGACGCUAUUGAUCUCCUUGUCUUCGUUAUUCGUUGUCUACCUCCCCAUUCUCCUCCAGCCAGGCGCUCUGGCGGGUCUAUCAGCUGGAACGUCGACGGGAGCGUCUUCACCAGUCCCAGCGAACGCAUAGCGACCUCAAUGUUAUUC